UAAGGAACCGCCGAAGCAACCAGUCGAGAAGGGGGGGAACCGAACACACCAACCGCCAAGAUGUGUGACAUGGGAGGAUUGGACAACCUGGUGGCCAACACGGCCUACCUGAAGGCCCAGGGCGGCGACGACAAGGAAAUGAAGAAACGGAGGCGCAGCUUGGCUCUGCCCAAGCCGGAGCAGUGUGCCGCCACCCGGACCACCGUGGAGAAGGUCUUCGAGAGCAUCUGCGAGCGGCAGCCCAUCGGCAAGAAGUUCUUCCGCCAGUACCUGGCCUCAACCCCCGAGUAUGUGAACGCCGUGGAGUUCCUGGACGAGCUGAACGACUGGGACCUGGCGGAGGGCGCCGCCAAGGACAAGGCUCGCACCAACAUCAUGAACAAGUUCUGCAAAGCCGACUCCAAGACCUUUCUGACCUUCCUGACUGGAGACACUGCCACCAAGUGCAAGGCAGUGACCGACAAGGACUUUGACGAGGUGAUGAAGGGAGUAGUGCAGGAGGGGACCAGGGAGUUCCUCAAAGGGAAGCCAUUUGCGGAUUACCAGACAAGUCCGUUUUUCGACAAGUUCCUGCAGUGGAAGGAGUACGAGAAACAGCCAAUCAGCGACAAGUACUUCUACGAGUUCAGAACUCUGGGCAAGGGAGGCUUCGGCGAGGUGUGCGCUGUACAGGUGAAGAACACAGGCCAGAUGUACGCCUGCAAGAAGCUGUGUAAGAAACGCCUGAAGAAGAAACACGGAGAGAAGAUGGCCCUGCUGGAGAAGCAGAUUCUGGAGAAGGUCAACAGCCUGUUCCUGGUCAACCUGGCGUACGCCUACGACUCCAAGACCCACCUGUGUCUGGUCAUGACCCUGAUGAACGGAGGAGACCUCAAGUACCACAUCUACAACAUCGGCAUUGACGGGAAGGGCGUGGAGAAAGGCGUGGAGAUGAAGCGCAUCAUCCACUACACCGCCCAGAUCACCACGGGCAUCCUGCACCUCCACCAGAUGGAUAUUGUUUACCGUGACAUGAAGCCAGAAAACGUGCUGCUGGAUAGCUUCGGACAGUGUCGCCUCUCUGAUCUGGGUCUGGCCGUGGAGCUGCCAGCAGGGAAGACCAUCACCCAGAAGGCUGGAACAGGAGCCUACAUGGCCCCAGAGAUCCUCAACAGCACCCCCUACAGGGAGUCCGUGGACUGGUGGGCGCUGGGCUGCAGUAUUUACGAGAUGGUGGCCGGCUACACCCCCUUCAAGGGUCCCGAUUCCAAGAAGGAGAAAGUGGAGAAGGAAGAAGUUCAGCGUCGCAUCCAGAACGACCAGCCCCCCUGGGAACACAAGGGCUUCGACGCUCCGACCAAGGCCAUCAUCGAGCUGUUCCUGAAGAAGAAGAUUGAGGAACGUUUGGGCUGCAGAAACCCCACCGACGACCCGAGGAAGCAUGAGUGGUUCAAAGCCAUCAACUUCCCCCGUCUCGAGGCUGGCCUGGUGGACCCCCCAUGGGUGCCCAAACCCAACGUUGUCUACGCCAAGGACACUGGCGACAUCGCAGACUUCUCUGAGAUCAAGGGCAUCGAGUUCGACGCCAAUGACGACAAGUUCUUCAAAGAGUUCAGCACGGGUGCCGUGCCGAUCCCAUGGCAACAGGAGAUGAUUGAAACCAACCUGUUUGACGAGCUGAACGACCCCAACAGGAAAGAGUCGACCGGGGGCGGAGGCGAGGGCGGGAAGUCUGGCACCUGCACGUUGCUGUGA